CAAUGAAUAGAGAAGAUAUAGAAGUAGAAAAGAAAGAUGUGGGCAUUCAAUAGAAAAGGAGAUUCUGGGUUUUCAUCAUCUUCCACUGCAGAAGAAGUUACUCUUCGAAUCCAUUCUACUUCUCUCACUGCAAUUGUCACAGGUGCAUCAAGUGGUUUAGGUGCUGAGACAGCUCGAGUUCUUGCAUUGCGUGGUGUUCAUGUGAUUAUGGGAGUGAUUGAAAUGAUUGAUGCAUAUAAUGUGAAGGAAUCAAUUCUUAAGCAAAUUCCCACUGCUAAAGUUGAUGUGAUGAAGUUAGACCUAAGUUCAAUGGCCUCUGUUUAUCAUUUUGCAGCUGAGUUUAAUUCAACUUCUCUUCCAUUGAAUAUUUUGAUAAACAAUGCAGGGAUUUGUGCACCCCCUUUCAUGCUAUCCAAGGAUAACAUUGAACUUCAAUUUGCCGUAAAUUAUUUAGGUCAUUUUCUUCUAACAAAUCUGUUGUUGGAUAAUAUGAAGAAAACAACAAAAGAAAGUAAGAUCCAAGGAAGAAUUGUUAAUGUCUCCUCAAUGGGUCAUCGAUUUACAUAUCCUAAAGGAAUCCUUUUCGAUAAAAUUAAUGAUCCACCAAGUUACAACAAGUGGCGUGCAUAUGGACAAUCAAAGCUUGCUAACAUUUUACAUGCCAAUGAACUUGCAAGACGUUUCAAGGAAGAUGGAGUAGAUAUUACUGCGAAUUCUCUUCAUCCAGGAGUUAUUACUACAAAUAUAUAUCUUCACAAUCGAUUAUUGACAGGUAUAAAGAAUAUUCUAGGUCCAUUUGUGAUUCGUUACCUAGAGCGAUUUGUGUUGAAAAAUGUGCAGCAAGGAGCAUCAACAACAUGCUAUUUAGCAUUGCACCCACAAGUGAGUGGAAUGAGUGGCAAGUAUUUUGCAGAUAAUAAUGUUUCAGAAACAUCUUUGGAUGGAAGGGACAUGGAUUUGGCCAAGAAACUAUGGGAUUUUAGCAUGAACCUAACUAACCAAAAAUGAACAGUGACAAUGGUAAUUAAGGAAUACCAUUUUAGUAAAUAAAAUGUAGUUCUGUUAAUAAACAUGUUGUAAUUUGUAAGAAAAUUGUGUUGUUCAACCUUAAAGUUUGAUGCCUUGUGUAAGGGUGGAUUUAUUACAUAUAUGUAUUUAAAUGUUAUUGCAAAGCCGUCGUUUACAUAACAAAAUUAUUGUAAGAUAUAUCUAUGCCGUAAAAACCAUUGGGAAAAGUUUGUGAGUAUUCACGUCAGUUC